GGUGCCAACCUGGCAACCGGCUGCGACAAGCGCACAUGCAUACUUGCAGCCUGUUGAUUCGCCAGCUUUACUUUGAUCAGCAUGCACAUGGGGUCCCCGGGAGUUUGAGAACCACUGCUCCACGGUAACAGUUUGGUGUCAGAGUGGGAUACGUAGGACCCCUUUCAAAGAACCUAUGCCUGCAAGAAGACGACCGAUGGAACAAGUGUCCUGGUUUGAAUACCCUACAACGUGAGGGCAGACCCGGGGAAUGUAUCUGGUCGCCGGGAUGGUACCGAGUACCUCCUCCUCCCCUGUGCCUUGCUGGUGCCAUUGUGUCACCGGACUUUGAGGUCUCCGUGAUCAGCGGGCUCUAGCUGAGGGCAGACCUACAGCCCGAACGGGUAGAAGACACCAUGGUAUCAGAGAGAGACCUGGUUCCUACCUGGCGCUUGACGACCUUUAGGUUACAAGACCAGCUCCUUGCCCAUUGUACUACACUGCCGCCCACAUCUCAUUACACAUUCACACAGCAAACAGUCGUGCAAACGUGUACUUCUGGGGGCGUGUCAGAGAACAGAGUGGGUCACGGAACCUUCUAGCAGCUUCGGUGAUUGAGAAAUCCCCCCGCUGGCUGCUCUCACUUCGUUAUUGCAGUUUCAGCACAAACACGGCUCCUGCUGUGUACCAACAGCGUUAAAUGCGUUUAAAGAUAUUCAAGCAUACAAAGUUGUAAGGCAGGACAGUGUUAAAUUCACUCUGUAUUAACAUAUUUGUGAUGUGUGGCUGUAAGAAUAAAUCCUCCCUCCAUAAACAUUAGGAGCAUUUCAGGGAAAACAAUUAACAGCCCACCAUACGUAAGGAAUUUCUGUUACGGACGGAAUGAAAACGAGCAGAGGUCCAGGACUGAGCUUGGGAAACUGCAUUCCUUCCAUUGUCUGCACUUCAUUCUUGUAGAACAUUAUGGUUGGGAAUGCUCAGAGGCACGCCCAGGGACAGAGCUUCCACUGACACCGGUGUUGACUUCGCUGAAGCCCCUUUGUGAGCAUCUGUAAUAUUUAACAAAUUGGAACAUUUCAGCUUCAAUGGUAGGCAGACAGAGACAGUUAAUGUUAAUAUGCUGCUGACCUUCUGCUUGGCAGUGUCUCGGGCAUGUAUGGUAUUGAGGCCCAUCUCGUGAAAUAUGUUGCAGGAGAGAGUUUCAUCUGGUUAGAGUAUGAAAUCUGUAGUAGUAGUUGUUUGGGGCCCUUGAAGACCAGCAGGAAUCUCUGUGUGUUUCUUAUCUUCAGAGAAGUUCCUUUUUCCACUUUCACUGCAGCAACAGCAGCAGUGUGUUCUUGGACUGCACUCCCCCUGCCCUGCAGGUGGUGUUCCACUUUCCUUCAAUGUGUAUUCAUCUGUGAGGGUCAGAGUUAGAGAGAGUUAAACAUUAUACAUUUCAAAUAACUCCUGUCGUUAAGCUGAGGGUCAUGCGUCAGUCAUAAACUGCAAAUUAUGAUCAUGCAAAGCGAGGUGUUAUCGUGGAGACUCAAGCAGAAACUGAAAGUUUGCUUAAGAAAUUGGCCUUUUGGCCAAAUAAAAGGAGAACAGCAGUGAAAUCGUCAGCCCACAUUCGUUUCAGUGUCAUUUUGUGUGGACAUACAAAAGUCAAUGGACUACAAGGAACAGGUGAGAGAAGUUGUGUCCAAGGCCCAGUUUGGAGAUUUAAUCGAAUUCUCGUACCCGAUUGGAUUCUCGCAUUGGGGCGUGUACGAUGGUGACGGGCACGUGAUCCAUUUUGCUGUGCCAGAUGAGGAACCUUCAUUUUGGAGUUGGAUCCGUGCCAAAAUCAAUGAAGCGAUUCCCGUUUCCGGGGAUAUACUAAUCGGCAGGACCCAGAUAAGACGGCAGCGCGUCGCCGAUGUUAACGUACCCAGCGGGGCUCACGUUAUGAUCAGCAACCACAGUCACGCGUUCCGCCCGUCUCCCGUGGAAGAAAUGCGGCGCCGUCGGGACGCGCUGCUGGGACGGGAGUUUCAGUACAAUCUCAUCCACCUCAACUGUGAACACUUCGCCACUUUUGUGCGGUUCGGCAAAGCCGUGUGCAACCAGUUUCCAGGAAGGACUGACGUGGAGUGCAAGGAGGCAACAGAGAUGUUCCGAAGCAUUUGACUCCUAAUCUUGAAAAGGGCGGGAAAAGGGCGGAGUUCGAUACACGUUUUCUUUUGAUAAUAUAAUGUGUGUCUUAUAAUAAAAAUGUACAUGUUCCCCCUUCUUAGGAGCUGAUUAAACAUGGAACAGUGUCUCAGGC